GCGGUCUUUUCUUUUUUAUCUGAACGUUGUUUGAAGUUGGUCGUUUGGUUAAAGCAUUUUAUUUUUAGUGUGUGUAGAAUUAUUUAAAGCUAAUUAAAAAAAAAUAAAAUCAUAGUAAAAUGGCUAACGGCAAACCACCAUUUAAAGUUGCUGAUAUAAACUUGGCUGACUUUGGACGCAAAGAAAUUACUUUGGCUGAAAAUGAAAUGCCCGGUUUAAUGAGUUUACGCAAAAAGUAUCAAACGAACAAAAUUUUGAAAGGAGCCAAAAUUGUCGGAUGUCUGCAUAUGACCGUACAAACUGCUGUUUUGAUUGAGACUUUAGUGGAUUUGGGAGCAGAGGUUCAAUGGUCAAGCUGCAACAUAUUUAGUACCCAAGAUCAUGCUGCUGCAGCAAUCGCGAGCAGAGGUAUUCCAGUUUAUGCUUGGAAAGGAGAAACUGAUGAAGAAUAUGUUUGGUGUAUUGAGCAGACUCUUCUCUUCUCCGACGGAAAACCUUUUAAUAUGAUAUUAGACGACGGAGGAGAUCUCACUAACCUAGUACACACCAAAUAUCCUCAAUACUUAACAGAAUGCAAAGGAAUAAGUGAAGAAACGACCACAGGGGUUCAUAAUUUGUACAAAAUGUUUAAAGAUGGAACUCUUAAGGUGCCUGCUAUUAAUGUAAAUGAUUCUGUUACAAAGAGCAAAUUCGAUAACUUAUAUGGUUGUAGAGAAUCGCUUAUUGAUGGAAUUAAACGCGCCACCGAUGUCAUGCUUGCCGGUAAAGUAUGUGUAGUAGCCGGUUACGGUGAUGUAGGAAAGGGGUGUGCUCAAUCUUUAAGAGCAUUCGGAGGAAGAGUUUUAAUCACCGAAAUUGAUCCCAUUAUUGCUCUACAAGCUGCAAUGGAAGGUUAUGAAGUUACUACAAUGAACGAAGCCUCUAAAGAAGGUCAAAUCUUCGUAACGACUACUGGAUGUAAAGAUAUCAUCCAAAGUGCACAUUUCCUCAACAUGAGAGAUGACAGCAUUGUUUGUAACAUCGGUCAUUUCGACUGUGAAAUUGAUGUUGCCUGGCUAGAGAAGAACGCUAAAGAAAAAAUAACAAUUAAACCACAAGUCGACCGUUACCUCCUUGCAAACGGCAAUCAUAUUAUAAUUCUAGCAGAAGGUCGUUUGGUGAACUUAGGAUGCGCCACUGGUCAUUCAUCGUUCGUUAUGUCGAAUUCGUUCACAAACCAAGUUUUGGCACAAAUAGAACUUUGGACAAAACCUGGAGCUUACACAAUUGGAGUGCAUAUGUUGCCCAAGCAUUUAGAUGAAGAAGUUGCGAGAUUACAUUUGAAGCAUUUAGGUGUAAAAUUGACAACGUUGACGCCUGAACAAUCUGAAUAUUUGGGUGUUCCUGUAGCAGGGCCUUACAAACCAGAUCACUACAGAUACUAAUUUUUAUACAUUUUAACAUUGUUUUAUAUUAAGGAGAAAACCAAGUAACGAUCUGUAAUAAAUCACAUAUAAAGUUAAA